CCAAUUGGGCAGGCGCUGCUGGGCCGGGACGCGGUGCUGUCAGAGGCCGAGUAGGAGCGGCUGCGGGGCUUGCUGAGGCUGGACAUGGCUCUCUUGCGCGGCAUCCAAGCUCUGGCCGAGGACCCGGGCCCGGUUACGAUGGGACUGAGGCGCGGGGGGAAACCCGGCGUGGCGGCGCUGCGGGCGGCGCUGCUGGGACUGACGGCGGAGAUGGAGGCAGAGGAGGGACCGGGCCUGCCCGGGGAUGCCGCACUCGCUCUGCGGCUCGCCCUGGAGGCGCUGCUGGAAAAGCGGCCGCGGGAGGCUGUUCGAGCGCUGCAUCGUGAGGAAGAGCGCGCCCAACCGAAGAGACUGCUGGCUCUGAUCCAGGCCCUGCAGGAGGAAGGUUGGGCCGAGCAAGGGGACGAGCUGCCCCUGCAGGAGCUGUGCCCACUCCUGAAGAAGGUGCUGCAUCUGGUGUUCAAGGAGUGGAGCUGGCUGGCUGCAGAUCUGGAGAGGGCUGUGUGGGCAGGGCCUCUGGAGGAGGAGGAGGAGAACACUCCGAAUGGGACCUUGCCAAAAGUCUCCUUGGCGGGGUCAGGAUUGGGGCACAGGUCUUCCCAAGAGCUCCCCGCACAGAGCUCCCCAAAACACCCUUAUCAGAAUCAUCUUGCGCCAGGAAAGAUUGUGCCCACUGACUUGUCUUGUGUCCCAAAGAGAGUGUGUGGGCUCCAGUCAGAACUGCAUGUCCCCUUUUUGAAAGGGACCCGAUGGAGGACGGUGGAGGACUUUCAGGAUGCCUUGCUGGAAGCCACCGGGAGAAAGAUGGGUGCUCUGUCCUGUUCCUUGUGGGACCAGGGCCCCCGGAAGAUGUGUAGUCGUCUCUACCAACUUUGUCACCAGUGGCUUCAGCCAGAAAGGAAGACCAAAGGGCAGAUGCUGGACCUCUUGAUCCUGGAGGAUUUGGUGGCUCUUCUGCCCCCAGAGAUGGAGAGCUGGGUCCGGGAAUGUGGAGCAGAGACCAGCGCCCAGGCGGUGGCCCUGGCCGAAGGUUUUCUCCUAAACCAGGUAGAGGAGCAGAAGAAGCAGAGGGAGAUGCAGGUCCACCAAGUUCAGAGGCCCAACUUGAACUCAGUCUUUGAAAAUCCCUGGGAAACCAGGGAUCUGCCAGAUCCUUUCCAGGAGCUGCUCUUUAGAGGGAUCUUCCAUGAAGAUCAAAGGCAGAACACCUCCGGGAAGGAAAAGUUGGCAUUCAUAAGCGGUUCUCCUUUUUCUGGUGGAGUUGAAAGACCAGCUGAACUUCUGACUCAGGUUCUUGCAUUGUUUGAGGAAGUGGCUGUGUAUUUUUCCAAGGAGGAAUGGUCCCGAUUAGAUCCUGAUCAAAAAGCCCUACACAGAGAAGUGAUGCUAGAAAACUUCAGAAAUGUGGCCUUUUUAGGGACUUUGCAGUCGCCAUGUCUUUUCUUGCCAAGGUCACAUGAGGGCUCGACAUCCAAGAGCAGUGCACCUUCUCCCCCGCCCCAUUGUUGUUGCGUGCAGAAGCAGCGGAGCAAAGUGUUACAAGAAAGAACCAGAGAGCAGCCGGGUUAACUACGUACUUCUGUAUUAGUUAUUGUUAAAGCUGGCACCCACCAGGGCAUAGAAAAACUCUACUAGUGGAAGAUAGGAAGAUGGGGAGAGACCUGGCCCACAGAAUCUCCAAGAGCCAGACACGAUUGAACAGUCUAUAUCAUCAUCAUCACCGUAUUAUUGAUGUAUGGUCAAUACUUUGCAAUUAUCUCUUGGUUUGGUUGGCAGUGUCUUCAAAUCAAAAGAAACUGAGUUCCUCUUCAGUGAAGCAGGGAGGCGAGAAGCAAAGGAAAAGCAUCAAUCUGGAUUUUUUUUUUUUUAAUUUGAUUUAUAUGCCGCCCUUCUCCGAAGACUCAGGGCGGCUUACAAUGUGCUCAGCAAUAGCCUUCAUCCUUUUGUAUAUUUAUACAAAGUCAGCUUAUUGCCCCCACAACUGGGUCCUCAAUUUGAAGAGGAAGAUCAUCAAAGCACAUGACGAAGGAAAGGAAGUGAACAUUAUAGUGCAAGAAGAAGGGCUGGCCCAUUCCACUGUCUUUGCUACCAUCUUCCCCUAUCUUGAAGGCCAAAGAAAAGAUCAGAGAGGUGAUUAAAGGAGCACCGGAAUGGAUGCCAUUAUCGCAAGAAACCAAACGGCGGCUCAUUCGCGAAAUAGAAAACUGUUUUUGUUGUGGAUUGAGGAUCAAAUCUAAAAGAGGAUUCUGAUUGGUCUUCUUCUCAUUCAGGCUAAGGCGCACAGCAGUUUCACAGCGCUGAAGGAAAGACUGGAAAGGAGUACACCACGAUAUUCACUGCCAGCCGUAGACGAUUUACGUGGUUUCAGUGAAGAUUCAAUUACCACAACAUACACUCAGCAAGUGAAGCCACAAGCACCGACGAAGAACGCUUUCCAACACUUUCCAGAUGAACUUGAUGACAUCAUAGCAAAAGGCAACUCUUUUGCCUGAACAGAAAUUCAACAUGGAUGAAACUGAGGUGUUUCGGAAGAAAAUGCCGGAGUGGAUCUGUAUACACAAAGGAGGGAGGCCAAAGCGACACCUGGAUAUAAAAUGUUCUGCGUCAGAAUAGCACUUCGCAUUAGCACUUAGACUUAUAUAGCACUAUAACAAUAGCACUUAGACUUAUGCUGAAUUUAUAUUUUACCAACAAAGAAAUAAAGGGAGACUAGUAUAGAUCUAUUUCAAGCUAUUUAGCUCUCAUCAG